CUUGAAAACAGAAAGACUCAACAAUGGACACAAUACUUUUAAAGAUAAAGACGGAUAGUUAAAACUUAGUGAACCACAGUUUGUAUCUCUAAUCGUUCACUUUGAACGUACAUUUCAGAUAUACUAAACAUUUAAAAAUAUCUCAAAAAUGCGUGUUGCUAUUAUUGGUGCUGGUGCUGCUGGUUUGGCCUCUGCAAGACACGUCUCAGCUCAAGGAAUAGAAUGUGAGGUACUGGAAAUGGCACCUGAGGUAGGUGGCACCUGGGUGUACACCGACGAUAUAGAAAAAGACAGUUUGGGAUAUCCGGUACAUACUGCAAUGUACAAGGGCCUAAGGGCAAAUCUGCCAAAAGAGAUAAUGGGUUUCCCCGAUUUUCCAAUUCCUGAGCAAGAUGGUUCGUUUUUAGAUCAAGCGACCAUUUUACAUUUUUUGAACCUCUAUGCCGACCACUUCAACUUAAAACCAUUAAUAAAAUUCAAUCAUAUUGUUACUGAAGUUCGCCCAAAUGCGGACAAAUGGCUAAUUAAAGCAAAAAAUAAAAUUACGAAAACAGAGAUUACAAAUAUUUAUGAUGUGGUAAUGAUCUGUAACGGACAUUAUAAUACUCCAAUCAAUCCCACUUUGGCGGGUCAAGAAAAAUUCAAAGGUCACGUUAUGCACAGUCACCAGUACAGAUCGAACGAACCAUUUAAAAAUCAAAGAGUUUUGGUAAUUGGUGCUGGACCUUCGGGUUUAGACGUCGCUUUUCAAGUUUCAGAAAUUGCUCAACAAGUUGUCAUCAGUUAUGACAUGACUAAGAAAGAAGUAAAGGGUGAAUAUCCCUCCAACGUGGUCAAAAAACCCCAAGUCCUUUGUAUUAAAGACAAAGAGGAAGUUGAAUUUAUUGACGGCUCUUGUUGUUCUUUUGACACGAUUAUAUACUGUACGGGAUACAGAUACAAUUUUCCAUUUCUCCAUGAUGACUGUGGAGUGUCUGUAGAAGAUUUCCAUGUUAGGCCGCUUUAUAAACACAUGAUACAUAUCGAAAAACCUACCAUGUGUUUUAUCGGUAUACCAUAUUAUGUUUGUGCCUUCCAAAUGUUUGACAUCCAGGCUCGCUUUUACUGUCAGUACCUCAAUGGUUCAAUGUCACUGCCAACCAAAGAACUGAUGUAUAAAGACACCGAAGAAGACAUAAUUAAGAGAAAAAAUAAAGGCUAUUCUGAAAAGCAAAUGCAUUUGUUGGGUCAUGAACAACAAACAUAUUUUGAAGAGUUAGCAAGCACUGCGAAAAUUACUCCAAUACUGCCUGUUAUUUGUAAAAUUUGGAGUGAAAGUGAUAGUAGUUUUUACAAAGAUCUCAAAAAUUUUAGAAAAUACAAGUACAGAAUUCUUAAUAACAAUUCAUUUGUUACCGAACGCUAUAUCCAAUAAUGUGAAAAUAAUGAAACUGUAGUAAAAUACAGUAGUUUCGAUAAUUCGAACCUCACUAAUCCGGACCGAAAGGGACCAAUUUUAAUUGUUUUAUCCGACAUAAACUCAUUUUACAGACAUUUUAAAACUCAUUCUGGUUAAUCCGGACUUUCGUUGAUCCGGACAAAGUCCGGUGCCAUCAAGUCGGGAUUAGUAAGACUCUACUGUAAUUAAUAUGAAUAAAAUAUGAGCAUUUCUUAA